AUGAAUGACUUGGCGACAUCUGUUGCUAAUGAGUUUUUUGUAAGGUUAGGCAGUGAGACUAGGAAGGGUUUGCUAGAGAAGUACCGUCAUAUGUCAUUCGUUCGUGAGGAAUAUGUAUUUUACCACAAGUUUGAGACAUUGACAAGAGCCAAAAGUUUGAGGACAUUCCUGGCAACCUCCGCUGGGGAGGUAGAAAGUUGGCGGUCAUUCUUCUUAUCAAAUAAGAUUUUGGUUAACUUAAUAAGUGAGUUACCAUUGUUAAGGGUUUUAAGUUUGAGUUAUUCUCAAAUAAGUGAGAUACCAGAUUCCAUUGGUACUUUAAGGCAUUUGAGGUAUCUUAAUCUAUCUCGAACUGGAAUCACACAUUUACCAGAAAAGGUUUGCAGUCUAUAUAAUUUACAUACAUUGAUCCUAUUCGGAUGUAGUGAAUUAACCGAGUUACCUAACAACUUUUUAAAGCUUAAAAACCUUCGUCAUCUUGACGUUAGGGAGACUCGGAAAUUGAAUGAGAUGCCAUUAGGGAUCAGCGAGUUGAAAAGCCUACAAACUCUUUCUAAGAUCAUCAUCGGAGGUAAAAGCGGGGUUGAAAUAACCAAACUUAAAGACUUUGAGAAUCUAUGUGGGAAAGUUUCCAUUAUUGGUUUGGAGAAAGUGCACAGUGCAAUAGAUGCAAGGGCGGCAAACUUUUCACAAAAAAGGCUUAGUGAGUUUGAGGUUGUUUGGAGUGACUUGUGGGAUGGUUCAAGAAAUGAAGUACUUGAAAAGGACGUCCUAAAUGAGCUGAAGCCUCGUAAUGAUAAGUUAAUACAACUGAAAAUUAGGUCAUAUGGGGGAUUAGAGUUCCCAACUUGGGUUGGGGACCCCUUGUUUCUUCAUUUGAAGCAUGUAUCAAUAAGUGGCUGUAGAAAAUGUACAUCUCUACCACCGCUUGCACAACUACCCUCCCUUAAUUGUUUUUUGUAA